AUGAUCAUCAACCAGUGCGGAGGACGAGAUCAGAAGACGAAAAUGGAUCCGACACAGAUCACAGCGCUGGCAAAGCUUUUGAAGGAAAGCGGUGAUAAAGUGUUGAACUCACAGUUCAAACUAUCUCUAUCAGGAUCGCUGCUUCGCGCAUUGAACGAUUCGUUUAGUUUAAUCGUGGACAAAAAUGAAACGCUUCCGCCCCAAAGCUUUCAAGUGGUGAAACCGAACAAUGCCAAAUCGGACGUGUUUCGGGACUUGCAGUUCGUGUAUGAUUUCGUCCAGAAAACAGUUAUUCUGAGCCUGAACCAGUUCAUCAAUGAUGACCCGUACGAGUUUGCGGUGGAUAUUAGCAAGUUCCGCAGCCUACGCACGCUCGAGGUGCAGAAGAUUCCGAUCAAUCAAAUCGUUGGGUUACAGUACUUCAAAAACCAGCUGCAGGAUCUAACUUGCAUUAGAAGCAUUUCAGACUCAGUCGAUGUACUGUUGUGUUGUGGUGGCGACAAAGCUGCCGAUAGCAAACAAUGGCGUUCGCUAAAAAGUCUUAACUUGGCCUACAACAUGUUGGACUACGUGGAUUGUUCACUGGAAUAUGCACCGUGGCUUGAGGUGUUAAACCUUAGCCAUAAUCAACUUGUUAAUGUGUGCGCUUUACGAAGUCUUCCAAAUUUGCGGGUGGUUAAUCUUAGCUACAAUCGUCUCAAUCAAAUCCCUAUCUUUCACAUCGAUGCAAUGCGCAAGAUGAAAGUUUUGCUGCUAUCGAACAAUUUUCUGGAAGAUCUGGAAGGAUUGGCUUGCUUGUCGUGCUCUUUGAAUGAGCUGGACUUGUCCGGGAACUUUAUUGUAGACCACGGCACAUUACUACCGCUGAGUACACUGGUUUUUCUGCGUAGUGUAAAUUUAUUGGAGAAUCCGCUGGCAUGUCAUCCGAAGCAUCGCCAGGCAACCGCACGCUAUCUCAAUAAAGCUACCUCCGACACAAAGUUUAUGUUGGACCACGAACCUCUUUCUCGGUACGAAAAGACACUCACCGGUAAUUACGACAGCUACAAAGCAAUAUUGGUACCGAAUGCAGUAACAGGCUCGAAUUUAAAUCUAAGCGGACGGAACACUCCCGCAUCUAGCACCACCACAAUAGCUGCUGGAGAUGGAGAUUAUGAUCCUCCGGCGGGAAGCUUUAAAGGAGAUGAAAGAGACCAAAUGAACCAGUCUGUUAUAAGCCAAAGGAAAUUGCGAGUAAGGCGUGCUGUUAUAUCGGAGAGCGAUACUGAGGAUACCAACGCCAGAAAACAUUCGGUGGACGCUAGCAAAGCAAUAAAUUCUAUGAUAACUCACUCAGAAAGUAAUCGUGAACAUUUGGAGACGAAAAGAACGUUGGAAGAACUUCGUAACCAAUAUGGAAGUGAAUGGUUGCAAAGUCAAGCAGGUCACUUGGUUAAAAACGUGAUUGGGUUUGACCCGGGAAUGGACAAGGAGUAUGAAAGCGUAGCACAUUAUCAGCCAACAAAUAUGCAACUCAACAAGCAGACACCGGGAUCCAUAGACCCUAUAACCGAAAUGCAUAAAAAAGAUCAACAUGUCGGACCAGAACGUACCAGUACUCCGGUAGGUGAUGAACGAGCUCCGUUUCAAAUACAACCCUUGAAAGUAUCGCCAGUCGAGCAUGAUGCUUUAUCGGAAACUAGAACUACGACCUCUGACUACAAAAGCGUCCCCGGAAAUAAUGAUGAUACGAAAUACGAAUCGGUUGAUCAGGAUACAACAAUUGGUACGAGCACAAAGGGGUCGCUGAAUUUAACGGAUAUCUACAGAAAUCAUGAAGAUGUAGAUGAAGAGUCGGAAGUUGAAGAUAAUGAAGUGCUAUAUCACGUUUCCUCGCGGGGGAACGAAACAGAUUUAUCAAUCGUAGUUUCCGACAGGAGUAUCAAAGAGAAGGAUGUUGUCGGAAAAACAAAAACACGCUGGGGAAUCAAAACGUUGGAAUCAUGCGAAAGAUCCACCUCGUCACGGAUAACAUUAACUUUUGACACUAUGAAACGUGACAAAAGGGAACGCGUGUACGACAUGGACGCACAUGAUUGUCAAUUGUUGGAGAAUAGACUUCGUAAUAUGCUAUCCCAGAGACCGCUGUCCGAAAUGAAUCAGCGUUUAUACAAAUGUGUAGUCUGCAAUGCCAAAUUUUCACGUGAAGUAAAUACAAAGCGUAUGUUUGAUGAUCUACAAUGUCCAGAAUGCUUCGGAGGCUAUUGCAUUGAGAUAAAAGAGCAGCAGCUAGAGAAGGAUGCGGUAAUUGCUUCCGGUUCAGGUGGUGGUGAGCAUAGCAAAACAGCCGUAGAAAGUGCUUCAGGGUUCAAUAUUGACGUUGCAAGUGCAGUACCCGGACCAUCUGGUAUACAUAUACUGGAUCCAAGCAUGAUGCAUAAUAGUUCAUCGAAAAAUAGCCUAGUGCAUCCGGAAGUAUGGAAAUCACCGAUGAAAAAUGACCAAAAAUCCGGCGAAUCAUUCAAUGAUUCUUCAUCUGUUUCCCGAAUAUCACAACCGGGAAGUUCCUGCGAUUCGAAUCAAAGUGUUGCAGGGAGUACCAACUCAGAACGAGAUCGAGAUGCCGAUUUGCUAGGCAACGAGAGCGAUAUAGAAGUUUUGAGUAACCCAAGUCAGAGCAGCAUUGAGGUGCUGGAUCGAGGGUAUCAUCCCAGUAGAAAAGCCUCCGAAGAACGCCGCAUUGCUGGCCUCGAAACGAUAAACGAUUGUAGUGUGGAUUCAAUGAGACAAGAGUCAAUCAUGGGUGGUAAUUUAGAGCAUGCAGAUGUGAGUGCCGCCAUACAAUCUAAGUUGGAUGAAAGUUUGAAUGACACUUCAAAGCAUACGUUUGGCAAUACUGCUAAGGAGAGUGCCAAGGAAGACGCAUUGAUGGCUAAAAGUACUAACGCAUUGAAACAGCAGGCAUCUCACGGUACCAAAAAAACUUUCCUUACGAAUGUAAACUUGACUGAGAGUUCCAGUUCAGGUUCAGUAACGGAUAGUGUAUGUACGGCAUACGAAUCCAGCCAAGGAAUAUCAUCUGACGGUUCUGCUUUGAAACACGCUGCAAAGGAAUCUGUUCUGACUGAGCAAGGUAAACCGCAGGAACAAUCAAUGGAUGAUCGUAAAGAGUUUAACGAAAAUGUACCGCCACCAAAUAGUGGGGGAACAUCGAAGGCGGACAGUUCCGUGCUUACCAGCGUACUGGGGGGUUUGUUCCAGUCCACCAAUAUGCUCAUGGCAAAGAAUCCGAAAGGAAAAUCGGAUGACAAUUUGCUGAAAAAAAUGUACGAACCUAUACGUUACAGCUACAAUGAUUAUGCCAACGUCGAUCAUCGCUUAAAGCUGUACCUGUAUCAGAAUUUGUUUGAGGAUGUUCAAGAAUCGCUGAAAUGGCUGGUAUCCUGCGUGAUUUUCGACGACAAUCGUGUCGAAGAGUGGCCUUCCGGAUUUGAUGGAUUGUUCAUCAUGUCGUCUACAAAGUUCUACAUAAUGAAGAAAGUGGCUGCAGAAAAUGAUGAUCCGUCUACGUGGUUAAAGAAGCACCUUUCCGGGACCAUUGAACGCGUUGGAAUAGCUCAAUCACUGCCGUGGAAGAUAGGAAUAAAAUUUAUUAUAAGUGCUAUUGGAGGAGUACACGUCAUACUUCAGGAUAUUCUUCGAACGGAUAAGCUGAUGUUGUUUUUCAAUGAAAACCCUCUGCCGCAGUAUUGUACCGUAGAUUACGAACCAUCUCAUCUUUUGAACGGCAAAUUAAAGAAAGCAGCAAAAGAUGAGCAAGUGAAAAUGGUAAUGAUAAUAAACUUUUGUGAUGUACUACUGCAUGAUGAACUGGAAAGCGUACAGUUGUCCACAUUGCUAGUAACAGAAAACCGUCUGAUGUUAACGCCGGACAUCAGAUGGCUUAACGAAAGUGCAGCCUAUCCUGUGGAGCCUAAAUUUGCUCAACUCAUGACAAACAUUGUCGAGCUGGAGGACGUGAACGAGCUGUCGUGUCGAUUGAACUAUAUAGACGAGCAGGAGGACAAGUAUGAAACGUGGAGGCUUGAUUUUGCUACACCAACGGCGAAGGAAAGCACCGUUAGUGUCAUUUGCCAUCUGUGGGAAAACAUUUUCGGUGUACCGUUGGUUAGUGAAGCUACGAUCACAGGCAUCAAUGCAAAUAGUAACAAUGACAAAAACAGCGGCAACAUGAAAAACAACAGGAACAGUGUCAACAAUAGUAGCAAUAUUCGCUAA